AUGGAGAAAAUGUGCCCUCUUCACCUCGGUCGAGCUAGAGGAUCGCAAAGGAGAGCGACACGUCUUCAAUGUGGCUAUGGUCGACUUCAUCUCCGGAGAUCUUCACCGGACUCCCCUCAAUCCACAUCAACAAUAUCAAAAAGCUCUGGAUGCAAAGAAAAAAAGCAGCCACGAUGGGCGAUUUUCGAUUUGCAUCACCAUGGUGACCCAUCGAAGCGAAACGCCAGCGGUGUUGGUCAAGUUGGCGCAGCGCUCGUGUUUCGUAGGCAAAUCAACAGAAAUUCGUGCAAAAAUUCCAGCACAUUUUCGUGCACGAUUCGUUUCGAGAAUGGAAAUGGUGCAGAGGCAAAAAAUGCUGCUACAAGCCGUACGUCCAGUAGAUCGACCCUCUACAAGCAAACAAAACUUCAUCCAAUCGAUUUAUACCAAACUGAUCUGUCGAUCAAUGAGAAUUGGAAAGUCGGUCCGAAGACGGAGAAGGAAAAAUACUUCAUAUAA